AUGGAAGUUAAAAUUAUUUCAGCUACAAUGUGGGAUUUUCAGCGACAUCAUCAACUCCCAUCUGAGCGUACUCAUCGGUUAUACAAUACUAAAGCUUAUGCUAAAAAACGUGGCGGUUUAUCUAUUUCGAUUCCUGAACUCUGUGGUAUAAUUAAUUCAUUGAAUAAUUUGGUGACAGUAUUGAAGAUCGUGGCUGCAUAUUCUGCUCUACCAUAUGAUGAAUCUCUCGGUAGUCUUGUCAGUGAUUAUUGUUAUCUUCUUCCUAGUUUACGGCAUAGUGAUCGUGAUGCAGUUCUUUACCUAAUUCGUGUAACUAGUUGGAGAGAAUCGAGUUCGGCCGUGGAAUAA